AUGAGAGUCAAUAGAAAUCGCUUAGGCAAUGAUUUAUUAGAGACAUGUGUUAAGUGUUCAACAUUGAAUAUCGAAUUAACACAUGAAGCUGUUAGAUUUAUCGUAAAUGAUUUUGUAACCCAUCCUGGAAGAGCAAGACAAAGAAAUAUCAUGUUACAUUUGAAUGAACAGGAAAAUCAUACAAAAAAUGAUCAUGAUGAAGAUUAA